UAACAAUUUAUUUCUGUAACGUGUUCCCAAUCGAUUGGAGUGCCACGUCAAAGUGACGAUGUGGGAUGUGUACUGUCGCGGGCGGGGGCACGGUCGCCAGCAAUACAAUAAUCUACGUUCAGGAGCUGCUCUGCGGAAUUGAUUUCUAGACACAACGUAGAAGUUGGUCAUUUCCCACAAGGAUAUAGGUCCGAGCUAUCCCAGCAGUCUGAUAUAUCAAAAUGGAGAGCACCAGAAGCAGACUGGCCCAGAAGUUGGCUGAAGCCGACCAGUCUCAUCUACUGCAUUUCUGGGAUGAGUUGACCCCAGAGCAGCAGGCCAUGAUGGCUUCCGACCUGGAAGCCAUGGACUUUCAGGAGAUCAACAGAUUUUUCUGUAGUGCCAUGAAGGUGUCGGACAGCAGCAACCAGAAGAAGAUGGAUGCCCGCAUGGAGCCAGUACCGCGGGAGGUGUUAGGUAGUGUGACCAGGGAUAGAGACUGCCUCAAGGAUUGGGAGGAAGUGGGUCUACAACGUGUCUCCCAGAGCAAGGUAGCUGUUCUUCUGCUAGCAGGGGGACAGGGCACCCGGCUGGGCGUGUCCUACCCUAAAGGCAUGUAUGAUGUGGGCCUGCCCUCCCACAAGACCCUGUUCCAGAUCCAGGCUGAGAGAAUAGUGAAGCUGAAACAGCUUGCAGACCAGAGACACGGAGCCAAAUGCUGCAUCCCCUGGUACAUCAUGACAAGCGGCCGAACCAUGGAGUCAACCAAAGAGUUCUUUUCAAACCACAACUACUUUGGGUUGGGCAAAGACAACGUGAUCUUCUUCCAGCAGGGAAUGUUACCAGCUAUGGACUACAAUGGCAAGAUCAUUCUGGAGAGCAAAUCUAAGUUGGCCAUGGCUCCAGAUGGUAACGGGGGUCUCUACAGGGCUCUGGGUACCCAGGGAAUCAUUGAGGACAUGGAGAAGAGGGGCAUCGGGUUUAUCCAUGUCUACUGUGUGGACAACAUUCUGGUUAAAGUAGCAGACCCUGCCUUCAUUGGUUUCUGUGUCCAGAAAGGAGCAGACUGUGGGGCCAAGGUGGUGGAGAAGACCAAUCCGACAGAGGCGGUGGGUGUGGUCUGUAAGGUGGACGGCCGUUACCAGGUGGUGGAAUACAGUGAGAUCACCUUGGCAACUGCCGAGAAGCGCGGCAAGGAUGGACGACUGAUGUUCAAUGCAGGAAACGUGGCCAAUCACUUUUUCACACUGGCCUUCCUCUGCAACAUUGUCCGGACAUUUGAACCCCAGCUGCAGCAUCACGUGGCCCAGAAGAAAAUCCCCUAUGUGGACACACAGGGACAGCUAAUCAAACCCGACAAACCCAACGGGAUUAAAAUGGAAAAAUUUGUCUUCGACAUAUUCCAGUUUGCCAAGACCUUUGUGGUGUAUGAGGUCCUUCGUGAAGACGAGUUCUCUCCCCUGAAGAACGCUGAUAGCCAGGACGGUAAAGACACACCCACCAUGGCGAAACACGCCCUCAUGUCCCUGCAUCACCGCUGGGUCCUCAACGCCGGAGGGCACUUUGUAGAUGAGAACGGCACGCGUGUGCCUGCUAUACCCAGAGACGGACCGACCCGAAGUGGCACAGCUGUCAACCAGAAUCUGAAGGAUGGAACCGACCUGCCAAUCAAAUGUGAAAUCUCCCCACUGGUGUCCUACGGCGGAGAGGGUUUGGGGGCCCUGGUGAAGGGGCGAGAGUUCCGUCCCACCCUGGUCCUCGACGAGAGCGGGGCACACGAGCUCGUGAAGAACGGCGUGUGAGUGCCGUCAGGAGAGGCAGAGCGAAUGAAAGCGAGCGAGUGAGCAGAGAGAGACAAGCCAAAGAUCUAUUCCACUUUUCCCUCUUCCCUCUUAACUGGGGGAAACUGUGAUGUCGUUCGUUCCCGUGCAAUAACUCUGUGAUCAUGUGCUCUUCGAAAUAAUCUGAAACGCAACACGUUUCCAUCAAUAAACCGUUCAUGUGAAUUUAUGAGUCCGAAUUAUCAGUGGGAAACCCGUGCUAUAACAGUAUCACGAGGUCCUAGUCCCAGAUGGAAUGGUUUUUCCAAACAUCAGAUUUUUCCAAGGAGCACAUGGCCACAGUAUGAGAUAAAGGACCGAAGCCUUGCAUUGUGUGGCUGAAUGAAGCGAUUUGAAGAUCAAGCUAUUUAUUUUGUUUAGAAAACUUAUUUUUAUAUGUAUGGAUGGGUUGUAGGUGUAAAUGGUCACCUAUGCAUUUUACCUUGUAAUUUGUACGCACUGAUACAAAUUGAGAAGUGUACAACAGUUGUAAUCAAAUUAUCCUUUUAUGAUUGAUUUAUUAGAAUUGUGAACAUGUAAUGUUGGUGUAUGGCAAAGGUUUUAUUUAUGGGUAGUAUAGGGUACUACUUUUAUUCUGCCUGAGUAGUUUAAAUGACACUUGAACUAUAGAUCAUUGGAAUUGUUUUCAGUUUUUCUAUAUUAAAGAAGUAUCCAAUACAGGGGA